AUGGACAAAGCACAAAGUGACGCAUCUGAGACAAGCUCCAGACCUCGACGCAAGACUAAUCUACCUACCCAUCUGGAUGAUUAUGAUGUUGGCUACCAACCUUCAAGUGACCCUCCUCCAAAAGCUUCCUCUCAUUGUCCUAGUGAGCACCGAAGCAGCUCGAGGAAAACGUCUCACAGUGGUGUCAGCUCUCACUCCAGGACGAGUAGGCGUUCCAUUACUUCAGCUGGUGUCUAUGUCCCACCAGAGCUCUCUAGCGUCCAGACUGCUAUGUUGGAGGAGAAGAUUAAACAGAGACAGUAUGACAGUCUACGGCAGCAAGUAGAAGAGGACUCACUGAUUGAUCUGGAACACCAAAGACUGCAAGCACAAGCAAAAGAAGCCCAGCGUAUGCAAGAGGAGGCGCUUGCCGCAAAGGAGGCCUUGUCGAAACAACUAGAACGACAGCGUAAGCUUCAACAAGCAGAGACUGAACUUGAAGUAGCUAAACUUGUAUCCUCCAUGCUGUCUAUGGACUCUGGUACGACCACUCCAGUUCCUCAAGACUCUUGUUCUCCAAACACGCAACAGCUUACAAUGGAGCUCAAGCAGGCUUGUUCACCUCAGCUGCACCACUUCCAGUCACCAGCUGUGACAUCAUCGCUGCUGCCCUGUCCUACUGAACUGCCUGAUCCUGAUGUCUCUGCAGUUUCCCUGCCAUCACCUAGACCGCCACAGUGGGCCCCACCUGUCACUUACUCUGCAGUACACUCUGUAUCAUUAACAUCGAAUGUGGCACCUCAGCCUCCAGCAGUGUACACCAUCCCGACAUCCGCUGCAUACCAGGGUGUGACCCAGCAACCUGUUACUGCCACAGUACCUACCCUUGGCUACGGGCUACAACAGACAGGAACAAUGCCAGUGAAAACACUCCCAGUUCCAUCGCAGCUCCCUGUCUCCAGCCACCAAACAUUGGCGACAGCACUUCAUGCUCCUGGUUACGUUCAAGCAGCUUCAUCUGGGCCUUUCCCCCCAGCUGUCCACUCACCUCACCCGAGUCCAGAGCUCCUGUUUGCAUCAGCCUAUGGCAUUCCACGACCCACGUUACCAGUUUUCGAAAGUGGUGCUGAGAGUGACUUUGCAUUGUUUAAACUAGCAUUGGACAAUUUGUUGAGUAAUCACAAUCAUAUCAGUGAACAGUAUAAAUACCAUGUUCUACUAAGCCAUUUGAAACUUUCCAGUGCUCAUCAGCUAGCUAAAUCCUUCAUGUACCACCCCCAGCCUUACACCGCUGCUCUGCAGGCGCUUCAAGACAAGUAUGGACAGCCAAGACAGCUUGUUCAGUCCGAGUUGGGUGCCAUCCUGAGCACCCCACCUCUUAAGUUGGGUGAUGCUAAUGCCUUUGACUCAUUUGCAUUGUCAAUACAAUCCUUAGUGGGUAUGCUGAGAACUCUUGAGGGCCAGAAUGGUUAUGAGCUUUUGUGUGGCUCACAUGUGGACCGCCUCUUGAGUAAACUGCCACCAGCCUAUCGCGACAGUUUUGUUGAAUACUGUUUAAGUCGGGGUAUUCUCCAAACGGGCACAGACAAGACCUACACACUUCCUGAUUUUGCAGACUGGCUCCAGAUAAAGUCCCAAGCAAAACGGAUCUCCAGCAGAGCCGCGGCUAUGUACCAGAGUGAGACUCUAAAGGCCCCUGGUAGAGCUAGAGGAGCACCUUAUCCCAGGGAGCAGCCAAGGCCAGUUCUCCUGACAAGGGAGAGUACAACCAAGACUCCUGAGCCGACAGCAUCUAAGUUCAGCUCCAAACCCAAGCCAUACUGUCCACACUGUGACAACAGGGAACACUAUCUCAACUCUUGCGAGGCUUUCAAGAAGUUGACUACCUCCCAGAUUGUAGCUUGGAUUAAAGAUAGUAAACGCUGCUGGAGAUGCGGACGGUUCCAUGCUGUAGAGUCUUGCAACCUCAAACGUCCAUGUACAAUCUGUAAAGAGCUACAUCUCACAGUUCUUCACAAUUCCAUCAAAGACACCACCAGUGCUGUCCUUACCGUCAGCCUUCCAUCUACCCGGGUUUACUUGGACAGACCAAACCGUACACCCAGAGUCAUGCUGAAGGUCGUCAAGGUCCUCCUCCAUAAUGGACACCACACAAUGGAGGCACAUGCCAUUCUCGAUGAUGGGUCAGAGAGAACACUCGUGCUUUCCCCAGUCGUGCAGCAGCUCAAGCUAACCUGUACCCCAGAGUUACUUCAUUUACAGACUGUUCAACAAUCUCACACAGAACUUGAAGGGUCGUCUGUUUCCUUUGAGGUCUCAUCAGUCACCAAACCCAUGCAGAGGUUCACUAUCCCCAAUGCCUUUACUGCGACCGGUUUGAGCCUGGCAGAACAUAACUACCCAGUGGCUGCACUUCAACAAGCUUAUCGUCAUCUGAGAGCUCUUCCUCUUCACCCUGUUGACAGAGUAAAACCAUUACUUCUCAUUGGUUCUGACAUGCCACACCUCUUAAUGCCAAUACAGCCUGUAUGCAGAGGUCCAGACGGAGGUCCAAUAGCCAUCAGAACACAGCUGGGAUGGUCUCUUCAAGGUCCCAUGAGCCCCAAGCAGCCCUCACGGCGUUAUCAGCAGUGCCUUCAUAUCACCACCGCUCCACCACAUGAUGAUCUGAUUCGGCAUGUUGAACGACUUUGGUUGGUCGACACCCUCCCAUACAAUGAGAGAAUGGUCACCAGGUCCAAACAAGACAAAGACGCUCUCGCCAUGCUCCAGAAUGACACCACUAGAGUGAACAUAGAUGGCGUUCAGCGUUAUGCCACACCUUUGCUCCGACGCCUGCCCAUGACCAUACUCCAUGCCGACAAGGAUGCUGUUCUUCCCAGUCUUCGAAGUACAGAGCGCAGACUGGCACGAGAUCCUGAACUAGCCAAAUCUUACUGCACUGAAAUCCAUAAAUUGGAAUCUGCUGGAUAUGUAGCCAAGAUAACCUCAGAAGAAGCGCACAAUACUUCAGAGUCCUGGUACAUUCCACACCACAUCGUACAUCACAAUGGUAAGGACAGGAUCGUCUUUAACUGUUCCUUUCAACAUCAAGGGCAGUCCUUGAACAGUCAGCUACUUCCUGGUCCGAUGCUGGGACCAUCAUUGUUAGGUGUGCUCCUGAGGUUCCGACAACACAGUGUGGCUGUGAGUGGAGACAUAAAGGGUAUGUUCCACCAGGUUCGCUUGCUACCCAAAGACAAACCAGUGUUGCGGUUCAUUUGGAGGAACAUGUGCAGAGACCAGGAACCUGAUAUAUAUGAAUGGCAGGUGCUUCCGUUCGGAACUACAUGCAGCCCAUGCUGUGCCAUCUACGCCCUCCAGCGCAAUGCCCAAGAACACCAGGAUGACAAGGUCAGUCUGGUUAACAUAGUUGAGAAUUCCUUCUAUGUUGAUAACUGCCUGCACAGCACUUCGAACUCUGAUGAAGCUAAGAAGGUAGUCGAUGGACUUCGUCAACAGUUGUCUGAGGGAGGAUUUGAUAUAAGACAAUGGGCCUGCAAUGUACCCUCUGUCAUUGAACAUCUUCCCACAGAAGCCCGGUCUGCUAACACUGACCUGUGGUUGACCAAAAACCAGUACCGACCUACAAGAACCCACUCUAGGUUUACGGUGGGAUUGUCUUAG